AUUUAUGAAACAUGAAGCAGACAUAACGGUGCUUGUCGUGUAGCGCCCUACACAAGUUGACUUCAGUCCACACAGCACCGUUGUUAAAUCACCUGCUGUCUUGAACGUUACUCACCGGAGCUCUGUGAUUGGUCAGCUGGCAACUGUCAAACUCCACCCCUAGUGCCACCGCAACUCAGCGGAGUCAGCAGCCAGCCAUCCAGCGGCAAGUUUUCGGGCAAUUCAUUAAACCAAGGCUCAGGAAAAGCCCGAAAAUGAAUCGGUGGAAGGAACGCUUCGUGACUCUGCUCCAUGAGAAAAACUUCGUGACAGAUCAGUUGGCGACGCUGGAACAGAAAACGGGAGUAAAGAGAGAGUAUAUCACCUUGGGUGUUCUGAGUUUGGUUGGGCUGUAUCUUCUGUUUGGAUAUGGAGCCUCCCUGCUCUGCAACCUGAUUGGCUUUGUCUAUCCUGCAUAUUUCUCUAUUAAGGCCAUUGAGAGCAGUGUGAAGGAGGAUGACACACAGUGGCUCACCUACUGGGUUGUUUAUGGACUCUUCAGCAUCGUCGAGGCCUUUUCUGACAUCUUCCUCUUCUGGUUCCCCUUUUACUAUAUUGGAAAGUGUUUGUUCCUGGUAUGGUGCAUGGCUCCGGUGACGUGGAACGGCUCUGCGAUCUUGUACAGCCGUGUGAUCCGGCCAUUUUUCUUGAAGCACCAGGCUACCAUGGACAGUGUGGUCAGCGAUCUGAGCGCCAAGGCUAAGAACAUAACUGAGACCGUGACAAAGGAGGGUGAGAUACCCACAGUAUACAUCUGUUAACCGGGCCCUCAACCAUGACAAGGACCAGUGAAAAACAUGGGAAGGGCUUUUGUGUGUGGUGUGUGGUGUGUGUGUGUGGUGUGUGUGUGUGUGUGUGGUGUGUGUGUGUGUGUGUGUGUGUGUGUGUGUGUGUGUGUGUGUGUGUGUGUGUGUGUGUGUGUGUGUGUGUGUGUGUGUGUGUGUGUGUGUGUGUGUGUGUGUGUGUGUGUGUGUGUGUGUGUUGUGUGUGUGUGGUUGUGGUGUGUUUGUGUGUGUGUUUGUGGUGUGUUUCUUUUCGUUUCUUCAAGCCCCCCCCUCCCCCCUCCCAUGACAAUUUUAUUGAUCAACCCCCGUGUCAUAUGAUGAACUGAAGCUUUAUACUUAGCAUUUUUGUGCGUCCUCAUCAGUUUACUGCCAUCGGUACUGCUAAGACAAUCGUAGAAACUGUGACCUUUCAUGUGAUCUUCUGUGUUGUAGUGUGAAAGAUAUUUAUUCAUAGUAAAGAUUAUAAUUGUAUGCCUUCAGGUUUCAGCAACACUGGUGGUGCUUUCAAUAGUACUGUCCAAUUGAGCCAUUUGUGCCAGAGAACAGAGGCUGACAUCAUUACAAUUAUAAAAACAGGUUGCCUUCUAAUGUUUUCACAAACGGCACUUUCUAACAUUGAUAAUCUUAACUGGAACUUUUUUACAUGUGAGUACGUCAGUGUCUGUUAAAUGCCUCACUAUGUAUGUGCCAAGCAGCAUUUAAAGUCUGUUUGAGCUAUUGGGAAGGUUCUCGAUCUUUAACUUUCUCUGCACGACUUCUGCCUCUUGAUAUGUCUUAAUUUAUCUUCUCACAAUGAUGGCAUAAUAAAACUGGACCCUUAAUGAACUGAA